UUUCCUCUUCCCCUUCCCCUUCCCCAUCUCCCCCACCGCAACGGCUGCGCCGAUUGGGUUCCCCGUCGAUUCCUCUCCGCCGCACGCCCGCCCGCCUACCAGGCCUCCGCCACGCCGCCGCCGAUGAGCAGCCGCGGCUCGAAGGUGAUACUAUGUGGUUGAUGUGCUCUGUUCCUUGACUUGGAUGUAACCAGUUGUCUGCCUUAUCAGUAAGCCUUUUGAUCCUUCAAACAAAAAGGCAGUAAUAUUUGCACGUGAUUGGCAAAAUUAGUCAAGACGGGUGCUCUUUGCUGCGUGGCCGCGAGGCCACAUGGGACAAAAUCUAAUCUUGCAAGCAGAGACUGUUCUAUGGAUCCUAAUGAACCUUGUUGGCGGAUGAAUUCGAGCUUCUCUCCUCCAAUGUCAAGGAGAUGGGACUGCAGGAAUCCAUCUGAUGGAUUUCCCCAUAGGGUUCAUGAUACUCCACAUGAUCAUCCUCCUUAUGUAUCAUCACUAUCAUCCCAUAGUAAAGGAAGUAGAAGUGCAUUUGGCAGUGACCAGUACUUGAAUCACCAGCAUUCUGUAUCAGAUGGGGCACUGUCUUAUUUUGGUAGUCCAGCUGACAGCCUUCAGGCUCCACGAUGGACACCCUCUCUUCAAAGAUUUGAUCUCGGCGAGUUCUCUACACCUGCAGGAGGAUCAAGACCGGACACUUCUGAUUAUCCCCACUCCAGUGAGAGACAUUUAACUGCAGUAAGCAGUUUCAGUUCUGCAUCCCCCUUCUCAGAGUCAAGUCAGCUGGCAUCUUCUAAUAAACAGCCAUACAUGCAUUUACCUCGCAAUCAUCUGGGAAGGCGAUCUUUCAUGUCAAAACCAGUGUACCCGCUUGUCUUCCGUAAUCCAGUAUCGGAAGCAGAAGCAUCUGGGAUGCCUGAAGCUAGCAAUGCCGGGCGAACAACACCUAGUGAGGAUUCUCCUCUGUGGCGGCGCAGCUUGGCAAGUCCUGAGCUCAAGUUCCACAAUGCAUUGAGCGAAUUUCGGAAGGUAGAGGCUUCACCAGAGCCAAACACAAGCUCAAGAAGGGAAGGAUUCAGAUGGAGCAAUGCUAGCAGCUAUGAGUUUGGAUAUGAUGGUGAUGCCAUUGAAAUUUCAGAUCAUAUUAGUGUGGAGUCCCAAAGAUCCCCGACAAGUUCAGUGAGGUUUCUUAAGUGUGGCUUAUGCGAGAGAUUCCUGCGGCAGAAAUCACCAUGGACCUCGAACCGGAUUGUUCGAAAUUCUGAUAUGCCAGUAGCAGCGGUCCUUCCAUGUCGACACAUCUUCCACGCAGAUUGCCUGGAGGAAAGUACUCCAAAGAGUCAAGCCCAUGAACCACCUUGCCCUCUGUGCACACGAGGCACCGAUGAUGAAGGGUGUGUGCCAUUCUCGGAACCAUUGCAUGUUGCCCUCAGAUCUGCACGUAGGAAUCAAGGCAAUAGUUUUCCUCUUGGUGGUGCUGGUGGAAGUACUAGCGCAAAUCCUUCUCGCAAUGACCAUGCCUUGAAGAGAAAUCAGUCUGCUCUCGUGGCAAGACAAGGUGGCGCAAUGUUCCGAAACCGUUUCAAGAAGCAGUUCCCCUUCAAGGGGAGGUUUGGGAAAGACCUCUUUGCCGGUAGAGUUUUCAGGAAGGUCGGGUCAUCCUCUUCUUCGGGCCAACAGGACGACCGUCGACAGCCCAAAACCUGACUAAUAAUACAGUGAAGUAGCUAGUAUGAAGUCGUGCGAGUAUACUGUGCCCUGCUGCUCCUCUGGCCCUUCAUAAAUCCAGUCUUGUGUCCAGAAGUCGGUAGUCCAUCAUGUAUAAUUUAUCAUCGUAGAAGGUGAAAUUCUGUAUGCAGGCGCUACUAGCGUUUAGAGGGUGAUGCUUUGUUUGGUUGGACUGGAGCUUUGCCUUGCAUGUGGCACCAUGAAUACCCUUUUCGGCAUGAAUGCUUACUGUUAAGUAUUGACAGCUAUC